AUGGUCAAUAUAAAUUACAAUAAUCAUCUAUUACGUUUCCCAAUGGAAAGGUCUCGUUCACGAUCUCGAAGUUCUAACAGACAUUCUCGAUCAUCUUAUUCACCUGAACUACCGGCAGAACAUCAUCGCGGUCAUAAUAGACAACAGCACAGUAGUAACAACAGCAAUAAUAUUCGUCAUGAUUAUAAUCGUCUACAGUUAGGUGGACGUAUUAGAACAAAUGACCGACAACAGAACCCAGCACGAAAUUAUUCAGAUCAUGAUCUUGGUUUAAAAUAUCGAUGGGAAAAAACAGUGUUUGUUAGUAACAUUCCAUAUGACGUAAGAUGGGCAACGUUAAAAGAUUUAUUUCGUACUGAAGUUGGAGAAGUUAUGUAUACAGAAAUAUUUGAACGAAAUGGAAAAUCACUUGGUUGCGGCUCUAUUGAAUUUCGUACAAUUGAUGAAGCUAAACGAGCUGUGGAAAAAAUGCAUCAGUACGAAUUUAAUGGUCGAAAAUUAUCUGUGAAACUAGAUGAAGAAGGUUAUCGUACUCGGCGAUCAAAAUAUCAAGCACUUGAAGGAAAACUAUCACAAAAAAACACUUCAUUGACCUCUAAUUCGCUGUUAUCUGAACUUCGUCCAAAUAUCUCAAGUUUGCCAACAAAUCAAGUUACUGGUCUUAGUGGUGUUGGUUCGUCGUUAUCCGGUUGUUCUUCUCUUGCUAACAUUCCUCAGCAUGUUUUACAACGUCUUGGUAUUGAGGGUCCAAUUACAAAUAAAGUGUUUGUUGCAAAUUUAGAUUUUCGUUGUGACGAAAACAAAGUUCGCGAGAUAUUUGCAUUAGCUGGACGGAUACGUAACAUAACGUUGAAAAAAACAAAAGAAGGCGCAAGCCGUGGAAUGGCUAUUGUUGAAUAUGAACAUCCGUUAGAAGCAAUUCAAGCAGUAUCGAUGUUUAAUGAACAACAAUUACUCGAUAGAAAUAUGGCAGUUAAAAUUGAUUCAAGGGAUAUGCAAGAUGAUUCGAAACCAAUGAAAUUACCAAGUGGUUUGAAAACUAUUGGUGCUGGAUUAGGUAUUGGAGGAAAUCUUCUUCGAGAUGUUAAUAGUCUAUCAAAUUCUGGACCAAUCGAGCCAUCUCUUCCACAACUGAAUCAAAAUCUACUACAAACACUUUCUCCGAGCGUUUCUGAUUAUAUUAAUCACAAUGAUCUGAGUGCAUUAAAUAUGUUGUCACAAUUAUCACCAAGUGCUUUGAGCGUUUUAAGCGCAUUAACCGGAUCGCUUGGAAAUAAUGCAUUGAGUGCCCUUGCAAGUCUACAAUCCACUACUCCUGGUCUCAAUUCAUCGUUAGGCACUGAUUCUUACAGUAGCAAUGCAAGUUUAUUAGGCAGUUCUGGCCAUUCUUCGUUAGGGUUUUCUGGUUUUUCCGGUGGUUUGGCUAGUGGAACACAAUUAUCUUCCGCCGCAUUAGCCAAAUUUUAUAAUGAAAAUGACAAUCAAUCUGUUGUUUCUCGUAUUGGGCAACAAAACGCAGUUACGCAAUUACAACGUUCUUCUCAUCAAACUCAAUCGAAUCUUAAUAGCGGACGCCUUCCAUCACUACAACAGCAAUCAUAUAUUGGUACGCGUCCAACAGGUGGAAAUAAUUACGAACGAUCUCGUCGUAGAUCACCAUAUCAGUGA